CACCGACCAAGAGAGAGAAAGUGCAAAGUUCAUCAUAGCAAAUGCGUCGUCGAAAUAAGGCUGCUGCAUUUAUUAGAGUAUAUACGAUAGUUAAUACAAAAUCUUUCUUGUAAGGAAUGUUUACAUAUUCGUAUAGCUAGGUUACUUGGGCUUUACUUUAGACAACUUCUAUAUAUGGAGACGAUCUAUAACGUGAAUAAGACACAGGAAAACCUUCUCUGAUCUCUGCAACUGUUUACAUGGUAUCAGAGCCUACACAAAUAAUUUUGUGAUCUCCUUGUUUUCUUAGUCUCGACUCUUUUUUCGAUUUCUAACGACUGAACACUUUGUUCUACGAUAUGGGUGAUAAAAACAUGACUGAGAACUCGGCUGCCAGAUCUGGAGUCACGACAGUAACGACGGAGAUUCAAAGGCGUACGAUCUCGCCGUACGAUCUCACCUCGAACGACAAUCCCGGGAAUGUUAUCUCACAUCCCUUGUUACAAGGAGAUAACUAUGAAGAAUGGGCUAUCAACCUUGAGACUGCCUUGAGUUCAAGGAAGAAGUUUGGAUUCGUAGAUGGGAGUCUUUCCCAGCUAGCUGAAGACUCAUCCGACUAUGAAGAUUGGAAGACCAUCAAUGCAUUGUUGGUCUCGUGGAUCAAGAUGACGAUUGAUCCAAAGUUGCGAUCGAACAUCUCACACAAACCGCUUGCUAGAGACUUGUGGGAACACAUACGCAGACGAUUUCGUGUGACGAACGGACCCCGGGUUCAACAUCUGAGGAAGGAACUUGCAAACUGCCGUCAAACUGGUCUCAGCAUCGAGGCAUACUAUGGAAAACUCACGAAGAUUUGGGACAGUUUGGCGUGUUACCGUCCAAUGCUGAGCUGUGUUUGUAAUGGAUGCAUCUGCAAGCUUGGUGCAACUCUUGAGGCACAGCGGGAGGAAGACAAGGUGCAUGACUUUCUGAUGGGUCUUGAUGAGAGUGUGUUCGGAACUGUUUGUUCCUCGCUACUGAUGCAGGAGCCAAUCCCGAGCCUUGAACAUGCGUACCUCAAGGUGACUCAAGAUGAGGACACUCGGGUACAGACGCGACUUGGCGAUGAACGACAAGAAGGAAUGGCCUUUGUAAGCCAACAAGCCAUCCGACCAAGAGACAAAUAUAACUCUGUUCUGUGCUCAAAUUGUGAGCGCUGCUAAGAGUUGUUUCCAAACUCUUGGAUAUCCGUAAUGUUGACCUCGUAAUCGAACUGGUCGAGGAAGACUUGGUGCAGCUGGUGGUUCUGGAACCCGUGGCAGAGGAGGAACUGGACGUGCCAAUGUAGCUGUGAGACAAUCAAAUGUAGCGCAUGCAAAUCUAGCCAUUACCGAAGCUGAUCGAACAGCGGUUCAAGGGCUCAGUGAUGAGCAGUGGCUAAGUGUGAAACGGGUCCUCAAUGCGGCCACUAUUAGUGCAGAUGAGCACUUGUCUGGUAUGAUUUCUUCUCCUACUUGGAUUUUAGAUACAGGAGCUACACACCACCUGACUUGUAGGAAAGAUAUCCUAGAAAACUUGCGAAAAUCUACACCUACAUAUAUUGUCUUAGCGGAUAAACGGACAGUUUUGGCAGAUACAGUUGGAUCAGUUAGGCUGAAUUCUUAUCUUAGUUUGGCUGAGGUGUACUACAUUGAAGAUUUGGGUUUUGAUUUGAUCUCUGUUACUCAGCUGAUGGCAGAAAAUGAUUGUGUAAUGCAAUUGUCGGUUCCGUUUUGUAUUCUUCAGGACCGCACUACGAGGAUCCUGACUGGAGUGGGUAAGCCGAGAGGAGGAUUGGUCUACUUUCAGAAUGUGGAAGUGGUUGCGGUGGCGAAAGUUCUUCCAGCUGAGUCUCUAGAACUGUGGCAUUGACGCCUUGGCCACCCAUCUUUGAAAGUAGUUGCAGCUUUGAAGGGUUUUAAGUUUUCUAGUACUAGUUCUGAUUUGUUGAAUUCUGUGUGUGAGAUAUGUCAUCGCGCUAAGCAAACUCGGUGUUCUUUUCCUUUAAGCAAUAAUAAAACUACGAAGAUUUUUGAAAUGAUUCAUUGCGAUAUAUGGGGACCAUAUCGGAUCCCUUCACACUCUGGUGAUCGAUAUUUUCUGACCAUUGUGGACGAUUACUCAUGAGGAACGUGGGUAUAUCUCAUGAAGACGAAAAGUGAAACACAGACCAAACUUCGAUAUAUUUUUUUCGAUGAUAUAUCGCCAAUUUGACAAACUGGUUCGAGUUGUUAGAAGCGAUAAUGGAAGUGAGUUCUUA